AUGGACAUUUUGGACGCACUGGCGCCACUGCAGCGUAUCGGCCAGCUGUGCAACCUGUGGCAGUGGCGCUUGGAUACUGCCACACGGCAGCUGCAACGUUCCCGCUGGCUGGAGGCCUACAGCUGUGUGGUGCUGCUGCUGUCCACGGGCUAUCUUCUAUACGGCUUGUUUAAUGAGAGUCGCACUGCCGAUGGCGAGUCCAAUGAAACCACCAACAUUGGCCACACGGUAGACUCCAUACAGUUGGUGGGCAUACGUGUGGCUCACGCAACGGCGCUUCUGGAGGCGCUGUUGCAGCGUCAAGCGCAGGGCCGCUUCUUCGCGCAGCUGCGCGAGAUCGACCGUGAAUUCGCGAAUGUGCUGCAUCUGGAUCUGGAGAAUGGCCAAUUGCGAAGUCAAAUGAACCGCCGAGCACUGUGGAUGCUGUCCGGCUAUUUGGUUAGCCAGCUCUUCAUAUUGUUUACCAAAAUGCUUGCGCCGGAUAGCCACUUUAUGACCUAUUGGCUGUGCUAUUUACUGCCGCUGCUGGUCUGUGGCGUGCGCUAUUUUCAGAUCUACACGGCCGUCCAGAUUGUGCACCACCGUCUGGAGAUGAUGCUGCGCUUGCUGGAGUCCCUGCAGCUGAACGAGGCGGAGCAGCCGCAGCCAUUUGUGUGCAAGUCCAUAAAGGAGGAGCUCGAAAUGGAGGCGCUGGCGGCGGCUUGCAUGCAGCGUCUGUUGGCCGCCAGAAAAUUGUAUCAGCGCCUCUGGCUAUUGGUCGCCCUGCUGAAUCGCUGUUAUGGCCUCUCCAUACUGGUCAACUUGGGCAACGACUUUCUGGCCAUCACCUCCAACUGCUAUUGGAUCUUCUUGAACUUUCGCCAGUUUGCCGCCUCGCCCUACGAUUUCCUGCAAAUUGUAGGCAGCACCCUUUGGUCUGCACCGCAUUUGGGCAACGUUCUUUUUCUGGCUCUUAUAUGCGAACGAGCCGCUUAUUUUACAACGCGGCUUGCCUUGAGUCUGCAUCACAUCCGCGUGGAUCUCCAGAAUGACAGCCACAAUGCACUGAUCACCCAGUUCUCCCUGCAGCUGCUGCAUCAGCGACUACACUUCAGCGCAGCGGGCUUUUUUGAUGUGGACUGCACGUUGCUUUACACUAUUGUUGGUGCCACAACCACGUAUCUCAUCAUUUUGAUACAAUUCCACAUGAGCGAGGGCAGCUUGAGCAGCGCUACGGCCGGGGGAUAG